AGAGCGUUGUUUGUUUGCGCAGCAGUGGAACGUGCGCGACGUGCUCACCUGUGCGAGCGCACUUGUUGUUUUCGGUGCAAGCAAGCGAGUGAGAAAAAGCGGGCCCCGCCGUCGGCUACCUGAGCAUCAUACACCGCGCGCAUUCGCCGGUUGUUCUCGCCCGCGAGCAGUUCGUUUUUCUUCUCACGCGUUGGCCUGCAUCGUUGUUUAUUCGUUGUGCAUCUGUGCGACGCACUGAAGACUGAAAUCGUUGAGUAGUGAGUGCGUAAAAAUGUCACGUCUGUGUCACAUCGCCAAGUGGGACCAUUUCGACGGCUACGGAUUUGAUCUGCACGCCGAAAAAGGUAAACCGGGACAGUUUAUUGGUAAAGUCGACGAUGGUUCACCAGCGCAAGCGGCGGGCCUUCGCCAGGGAGAUCGUAUUAUUGAAGUGAACGGAGCAAACAUCAAUGGGAAAACCCAUCGUGACGUUGUGGAACUGAUCAAGGCGAUUCCAAAAGAGACCAAACUUUUGGUAAUUUCAGAAGAUAACUCCUCCACGGAUGGUGGGUCUGAAUCCAAACAGAAACAAAUAAUUGAGAAUCACACCAGCAACAACAAUAAAACCAACGGAACGAGUAAUCUAAGUGGAAUCAGUACUAAUGGCACCAAUAGCACCAACAGCAUCAAUACCAUCAACACCAACGGAUCAGAAAAAUCGGAUAAUCAUAACAACCACAACGAUCAUCCCCAGGAGAACGGAAAUGGCACGAUUAUACCGCCAAUGUCCCAGGGAGGUGGAUUAAAUCUUAAUAUGACUGCAGCUGAGCUACGUGCGCGUCUCGCCGCGAAAAAGAAGUUUGACCCCAAGAAGGAAACAACGCUCGACUUUAAAAAGAAGUUCGACAUGAUUCAGAAGAUGUAAAUAACACGAUGUAGAAGAUGAUUGUAUUCUAAUUUUAUUAUAAAUCACACCUCAACAAUAAUAACAACAAUAACAACAAACAACAGCGAGAGAAAAAAGGAAUCCGUGCUUGAUAGAUGACCUUCGUUCACUUUGCAUUCCGUUGCAAGCAACAUUCUAGACGCAUAGAAUCAUUACAUUAUCAUCAACGAGUGUUGGCGCGUUAUCAAAACGUGAAUUAUUCGAAUACAAGUUAAUUAAUCAUUAUAGUGAUAUAGUGAUAACGGAAUACUCGAAACCGUCGAACAAUUUGUAUAUACAAUAACCAACAUCACACACACAAACACACACACGCAUAACAUACACUUGUUAAGAUGAAGCAAAAACAUAUUAAAAAUUGGUUAUAUUAGUUUUAGUUAUGAUGGUUGCAUCUGGUCAUUGGUAGCUGAGAUUUAUGCAACGCAAUUCCCAUCAAUUUGUACUUUGGGUUGCGUACAACUUAAAAUUUAUUGAUAUUAUUCUGACACGCGAUGUAUAUAUUUAUAUAAUUAAACCUUAAUCAAAGAAUAAAUAUGUGCCUCCUUUGUUUAA